AUGCCUCUGUUGGAAUCGCUAUUUGGGCGCUCUACCACGCCUGCUGAACGAUUGCGUCAGCAUUUGCGCUCCUUGCAAAGAGCUCAACGCGAACUCGACCGGGAGCGUGUAAAACUAGAGGGGCAAGAAAAAAAACUGGUAUCUGACAUCAAAAAGAACGCGCGUCAGGGUCAGAUGACUGCCUGCAAAGUAAUGGCUAAGGAUCUAGUAAGGAUGCGACGUAAUAUACACAAAUAUUACCAGAUGAGUACACAGCUUCAAGCUGUCGCACUGCGGAUGCAAACACUUCGUAGCACCCAACAGAUGGCGGAGGCCAUGCGCGGAGCCUCGAAGGCCCUGGGAUCUAUGAAUAAAUCUAUGAAUAUCAUGUCAGUGCAGCGAAUCCUGCAAGAGUUCGAACGCGAGUCCAGCUCAAUGGAUAUGAAAGAUGAAAUAAUGAAUGACACGAUCGAAGACGCCAUUGGUACUGAGGACGAUCCUAUGGGUGAGGGAAUCGGGGAAAAUGAGGAAAGUGAGUCUAUUUUACGCGAAGUCUUGGAUGAAAUUGGCAUGGAUAUGAGCCAGCAGCUUCAAACCGUUCCUAAUAGUGGGAUUGCACUGGCUAACCCAUCGGCACCAGCUAAAGUAGCCAUUAGUGAAGGUGCGGAGGCAGGUACAUCAUCCAACACUCAAGAUGAUUUGGCUCUUCAAGAGCGUCUUGAUCGACUUCGUAAAUAA